UGAACUUUAUACAUACCUGUCUGAAUCAGCGGAUACACAAAAUAUGCAUGUCGUUUGGUCCAUUUGACCAGUGAAAAAUAAGACAAUGAAAAUGUUUCUAUUUGUAAUAGUUCUUACUUUCUCGACUUUCGGCACGGUAUGUGGCGUAUCAACAACCGAAUACAAAAAUCUUCAGAAAACUUUGAUGACGAAUUAUUCGAACAAAGUUCGGCCAGUUCAAGACCAGGACGAUACUGUGUAUGUGAUGACAUCCUUCAUUCUGGCCGACCUUAACGAUGUGGACGCUGUGCAACAACGAUUAGUGACAACUGCCUACCUCAGAAUCGUCUGGAUUGACGAGUUUCUACAAUGGGACAAAUACACUACCGGUGUAGAGAGGCUUUAUUUCAAACAGAAAGACAUUUGGAUUCCGGAUAUUGUUCUCAAAAAUGGCGUUAACAAGUUCGAAGAAUUGGGAGGAGAAUUUUACUACUUAGCAGUUUCACCUAAUGGGGAAGUUGAAUGGCUGCCGUAUCUGGUCUUUGAAAGUAAAUGUGAUAUUGACAUAACAUAUUUCCCAUUUGAUACUCAGGUCUGUGACAUCACCUUUAUCAGCUGGAGUUUUACUAAACUUGAAGUAAAUAUGACGUUGUUUGAGGACAGUCCUUCUGUCGACUUCUAUGAUUUUGUCGAAAACUCAGUCUGGGGCAUCAAAUCCACCGGGGCUCGAAGGUCGCAGUCAGAUUUUGCAGACUCGACCGUCACAUUUACUCUCCACCUUCAUCGGAAGCCUCUGUAUUACGUCAUGAACUUGAUAUUGCCAGUGGUUCUCCUGGGCGUCAUCAGUCUCCUUGUUUUCGUGAUUCCCGCUGACGCCGGAGAAAAAAUGUCCUUCGCAGUCACAGUCUUCCUGUCUUUUGCUGUAUUUUUGUCCAUUAUCAGUAUGCAACUUCCGGUGAAUUCAGAGAAAACAUCGUUGCUAGGAGUUUACCUGGUCUUUCAAAUGUCCAUUGCUGUUGCCACCAUUAUCGUAUCGGCGUUCCAACUCCGACUACACCAUCGGUGUGAGGAACGAAAAGUUGGCACGUUCUACAGGGGAAUUGUCAGAAUAGAGAGAUGUCUGCGAUGUGUAAAAUUUUGUUCAGACAAAAAUUCAAAGAAAAAAUACGACUGGAGAAAUGAUUCUUGUGAACCAAAGGUUGACUACGAUGACGUAGGUUGGAAAGAUGUGUCGUCUGCUAUUGACUUCGUCUGUUUUUGGACAAUGCUUUUCUUUGGAAUAAUUGUAACGACAGUCCUCGUUGUGUAUAUGAAUAACGGAAUUUCAUAGGAAAAAUAUUCAAAAAACGGUGUAAUUAAAUCAUUUGUUUACAAGUUUUUUUUUUCUUAUCUAAAUACAAUGUUUCAUACAGAUGAUAUGAUGAUGAAUUUUCUACUUACAAGACGUCUAGAUCGCUACACAGCUUUCUACUUAUACUAGUAACCAUCUUGAUUAACACAAGGUUGGGUUGAUCUGGCAAUGUAAUAGUGUUUUUCAAUCUCUGAACAAACCAGGGUUCAAUAAAUUUAAACUAUUUAUGUGAAUAUAAUCGGUAAUCAUGACAGUAAGUUUGUUAUUUAAAUGUUUCAAAAUACAACUAGCAAUUGCGAGUAGGAAAACUUAACUUCUGAGUUUAAAGGUUAUUUUGUUGAAUACUAACCAACCACGACUUUAUUAAUACUCACAGUAGUAAGUGCGUGAUUUAAUUUUAAGCAAUGUAACUUGUUUCAGUGUGGAAAUUUCGUAUCUGUUUUUAUUUUAAGAAAUUAAAGAAGAAUAUAUUCCGGUAUUUAUCAAAUCUAUUUUUCUACUAAACGCAUAUUUUAAACCUAAAAUUUCUUCUGCUUUUAAUUUAUUAUUAAUCUCCAUGUGGAAAAAAGUAUGGAAGUUCUAAUCAUUACAAAUAUGGAGAAUCAAAACUGACAAGUAAAUUGCUUCAUGUGAUUAAUUUAUUAAUGAAAUAGUGAUGUUUAUAUUUUUAUGAUAAUAGAAUCAUAAUUACAAUAUUGUUUUAUUAUAAUAUAUACACCGAUAAAACAAACUGUUAUUGUGCAUUUGAAAAGUAUUUUUACCAAUGUUAUUCAUAAUAAACGAACA